CCUAGCGCAAUAUAUACAGAAUAAAUGUCACUUUAUACGCAGUACUCAAGUUAAAUUACAAAAGGAAACGAAUUUUCAGCAGAAUGCCAGGGAAGACUUUGCAAAUAUUUGUAAAAGGGGAUCAAAACGAAACGAGAACUAUUCGAAUUGACGAGGAAGCCAGUAUCGGACAGCUCAAGGGCCUCAUCCUGGAGACAUUCGGGCUGGACCUAGACGAUGAUGUCAGGCUGCUCUACACAACCAAAGACCUGCGUGUGAAGGACCCGGACGGGAAGACGACCUACCUGAAGGACUACAAUAUCCACGAUGAGGCGAACAUCUUCCUGGUGUACCGGUUGCGCGGCGGCUCCGAGCAGACGUCCGUUCCGCCGAAGCUGUAUGACGAGGAGGUGCAACUGACGGACAAACCUGAUAUGUUUACACUCGACGACAGCGAGGACGGACAGAGGGCCGAGAUGCCCUGUGGACACGCUAUAAGCCCGGAGUCGCUGACGGCCUUCUGUCGCAGCCUCCUGACAGCCGGUCGAUACGAGUUCCGGUGUCCCUACAAAGCGUCCGCGAGCGAUCCACAUUGUAAUGCCGAGUGGGAGUAUUUCACCGUGAAGCGCCUGGCCGUCCUCACGCCGGAAGAGCGAAAGGAGUUCGAGACGAAGAUGGCCGAAAACUACCUUCGAAAGGCGGUCGGAAUACAGGACUGUCCGAAAUGCCUGUCCUUCUGUGAGCGCCGGAACAAGGCAGAUCAGAGGGUUAUAUGUCCCGUCUGUACACGGAAAAAUGGAAAGCGGUACGAGUUCUGCUGGUUUUGUUUGAAGACCUGGUUGACGCAAAAUUCGCACGACUGUGGUAAUUACGGGUGUAAUGGUGAAGACCCUCGCCUCCGCCUGAUUAAAAACAGUCCCCGGAAGCAGGUGGUUGGCGUCCAGUGUCCGGCUAUCCGAGCCUGUCCGACAUGCGGCCUCCUGAUCGAGCAUAAGUCUGACUGCAAGCAAAUGAUUUGUCCCUGCGGUCAGCGGUUCUGCUUCAUAUGUCUGAAGAAAGCGGACGGCCGCGGCCGCUACCAGUGCGGCGCAUGGAACUUAAAGUGCGAGGCAGCUCCCGUCCAGACUGAAAUGCCCGGAAACUAAUCUGACCUGCCUUGAUGGCCAAGCCAUUCAGCGUUUGGUUGACCUCGCAUGCUUGAUUGACAGUGAGAACCCUUAUAUCGAUCUCCAUGUUGAAUUAUUAUUAUGUGACCUCGUGUUAUGCAUAUAUAUGCUUACAUUGUAUCUGAAGUUUGAUAAUUCUAUGUUUGUAACCAUCUGCUUGUGCUUCUCUUUGGUAAAUACAAAUGUAAAAAAACGUA